AUGACCCCGAUAGAAUCUGCCCCAACAAACCCAGAUGGAUGGGUCGAGAUCGCCGCUGGGCCGGAAACCGAGAAGCUGGCCGGGAAAGUAGCUUUGGAAGCUGCAGGACAUUCUUCCUUGCUCUUGUACAACUGGAAUUUGCUGGGACAGAUCUUGGACCGGCACGAGGACUCCUUGCGGAAACGGUGGAUCAAAAAGACGAAGGUAUGGAGGAAAACAAUUUUAUCCAAGGCUUGGUAUCCAAAUAUGCCGUUGUGCCAUAGGCCGGACAUCGACCACCUUGCGACGGAAAAGAAGAAACUUUUAGAAGAGGGAAUAUUAGUCAAAAGGCCAGUGAACACUUUCAUAUGGCCAUACAUCAACAUGGAGGACUUGAUCCGCGACAAACCUAUUCUUUGCUUACUCAACACCCGCGCUCGCUACUCCCCUGCCACGUUCGUCGAUCACGAGUUGGAAUUCUGCCGUCUAGGGCUUGACACUGACACGAUUGUCCCCCCUUUGAAAUUGAAUGGUUACACAAUGCACCUAGACGGAGAGACCGUCGAAUCCUAUGGCAAGCUGGUGGCUUGGGGUGACAACAGCAACCCGAGAGCCGGCUUCAAGCCUGGUGAUGGAAUGUUGAUAUUGGAAAUUCAGGAACAAGUGAUGGAAUUUCUUGUCAAGUGGUGUGAAGCAGUCCUCAACAAGCCAGCAGACGUUUUGGUUAGCCAAUUUCCUAUCGGACCAAGGCUGGGGCCCGUUGUGAUCGUUUCCCAGUGGCCAACCAUCGAGAUCCUAGCUACAUACGCUCCUUACGUAAUUCCUGUAGAAACCAAUUUCUACCGCCUGAAAGACUUUAUAAACGCCAGGUAUUCUGCUGCGCAAGACCAUAUCUGGGCAUUGAGGGAGGAUCCGGGAUAUUUCCAGGAUACUGUUCUUCAGUACAGCGAACAUCGAGCAGAACUCAUCCUCGAUUCUAUAGGGAAUGUUCAUUGGACUUACGAUAACCCUCAAUUCUGGGACCGAACGCUGUCAACCGUGGUGGACAAUGCUUACCGUGCCGUUGCCGUCUGGGAUGUUCUUGCUAAACAAGUCCGGCUUGUGAUAAGUCUUCAAAAGAAAUAUGCAAGAGAACUUGACCCCAGAUAUCCAUUGCCACCAGAGUACAGAAAACAUGUACAGCUGCUUAGAGGUCUGCUACUUCACUCUAGCAAAAACCCACACACGAACAUGAAUAACAUGCUACCUGCAUCUCCACGAGUACGGAACCUCUGGGAACGUGAGAACCUGAAUGGGAAAGUGAUGGCGAAGAUUCGAUGUGAUAUUGAUGAGGAGCGUGAUCCACUGCUGUGGGUAUACCUUAAACUACAGAAUGAUGACGAGUAUCACCGCUACGGCCAUAAAGAUCUGGUCGACGAAAUGGAGAAGCUCGUAUUUGCUCAGCCGGAACAAAACGAAAGAAUAUCCCUCUUAGUCGCUGGGCAAUUUUCCGAUCUUGGGCUCAGUGUGCUCAUGCAGCAUGAAAUCGAAAAUUAUCAUCCAUGGGCCGCUGAGUUCAAAUCGGAUCAAUCAAGUGACAUCUGGAUCAUCGGGCAGCUGCCUCAACUCUAUUCACAUGUGCUCGAGUUUGGCCGACACCGGUUGUCUUUUACUCUUAACAAAGUUGGCCACCCUUUCCGCUCAGAUUUCUCCUACCCAUGCGAUCAACAUCAAACUAGGGAUAAUGCUAUAACUAUGUGGAGAGCAGAGAAAAAUCUUGAUAUUUUCUGGGAAGAGGUGGACAAGCAAUAUGAGGCGAUGACAGGAAAAGCACUGAACGAAACGUUCGCCCAUCAUUUUUCAGUCAAGCACGAGCUGGAGCGCAUGCCGGAGUGGAUUGAACCCUAUAAAGAAGACUUCAUUGAGAUGGAUGGACGUAAUGAGGUAAAGGUAAAAGCUAAGGAUCUUACCAAGACCAUAUCUUCUCUGAAGCGUCAGAACAAGAACUCUCCAACAAACUAUGCUGCAAGCCAGGCGGUUCUCCUUGAUACCAUGAAAGGGGUGUUCAAGCUUGACCCGCGAGCUUUUCGGGUAUUCAAAGCCCUUUUCCACACGCCAUCCGAUGAGGAUGGGCCGGAAGCCAUAAGCUGGGGUGACUUUCUUUACUUCAUGUCUGCAAUGGAAUUUUCGCCUUUGAAACUCUGCGGUAAUCUUUGGCACUUCAGCAAUCGUUUUAUACGCCCCAUCCAGUUUUUUGCACCUCAGCCAGACUCGAGGGUCUUCCUUCGAGCUGCAAUGCGCAUGGGGAGGCGGCUGAGGCGGACUUAUGACUGGAAUCCUGAGAUGUUUGUAUUGGAUAAUGGAAAGGGAAAGGGCAAGUCAUCGUGA